AUGGAAAACUCAGAAUCAAAAAAGCCCCAAAAGCGCAAGCGUAUAGCGUUUGAUGCAUAUAGUGUGCUCUUGCGCUAGCUUUUUCCCUGCAAUUGGUGAUUGAGUAAAGUCACCUAAAGGUGGUAAGUCAAUUCCAAGUUAACAAAUACUGAAGAAAAGGCCAAACUGGGGUUGAAUUGUCACCUUUAGAGGACUUGUCAGACUCAUCAGUUGCAAGGAAAGAGCUAGCGUGAGAGCGCACUAUCUGCAUGCAAGAGCUAUAGAAUCAUUCGAAAGCGAAAGGUGUCAAUUAAGCCCUCAUUCCUAAAUUCUAAUUCCCCGAUCCUUUAUCGGACCACUAUCUUUUAAUCAAGAACGAGAUUAAGCCAUGCCAAAUGACCAUAUGCUUUUAUAUUAAGCAUUUUCUGGGGAAAUUUGGUCUUAAUAUUUUGAUAAUGAUACAUUUGAUCGAAAAAGCCUUUAAAUUUCGGCACAAUUUAAAAAUUUUCGUCUAAAUUUUCAUCGAUGAAAUGCUAACUAUCAAAAAUGCAUGAUCAUCGGACUUACCAAAAACCUUGCUAUACAUUUUUUAUUAGCUCAUUAUGUAUUAGCGACAAGAGAUAAAUUAUGUAAUAUACUAACAAAUAUGCUAGAACUCGUAUCAGAAUUUCUUAUUAGCAAUUAUAAUGCAACGUCUCUAAUAAUCAUUAUAUAGUUAGUGACACUGACUAUAUCAAAGAUAUGGAGUUAAAUUCAGGUGGCGGAGUGGGUAUCAUUCUUGACCACAUAAAAACUGCUCGAUCUAAUUGUUCAAAUUUUUUGGGAAUUGGUUAAUUAAGGAUGGGAGUAAACUAAAAGAAGAAUACUCUUCCAAUAAUUUCAAUAACUUGCUACAAAGCAUGUACUUUUAAUGCAGAAUAAAAUCGCCAAAGCCAAAAGAAGAUUGAAUGGAAGCUUUUUUCGGUUCCUUUUCUAAAGGCUCCAGGUCUCUUACUCAAGGAACUCGCAGUCAGAGCAACCUUUCAACAAAAGCAAUCGAGAAACCCAGGCCUAAGCUUGAAACUGACUCUUUAGCCUUAGCAGUGAGCAGAAAAUUUUUAUUCACAAACCAAUUUGAGAUAAUUUUAUUCUUUCGGAAGGUUAAAUUAAAUUUUUAUAUGAGGAUUUUUGGGAAAAAAAUUAUUUAAUUUAUAAAAUUAAUGGGUAAGGAUGUAAAAAUGCUUAAAAUUUAAUAAAAUUACUGGAGAUCUAAUUAUUAUAAUCUCUAAUUAUAUGUCAAAUUAAUACCUAAUGUAAAUUUUUUUAACUAAAACAUUUUUUGCUAGUAAAUAAGGGGUUAAUUUUCCCUAAAAUAGGAUUGAUUAAUGAUAUUGCUCGCUGCCCAAGGUAGGAGUGAGAAAAAUGUGCUACCAGACAUUUUGCGUUCUAAAUCUUCAAUAAGAUCUACCUCAAAGCACAUCAUAGAAAACAACCGACUGACAAGGAUAAAAUCAGGGAGCUCAUCAAGGAUCAAAAGAGAUAUCUCUCAAAAAAUAAUCCAAAAAGAGCCUUCUUUAUUAGAGCCUGGAGAAUUGAUUGUCAAAGGAAACUCCAGGCCAAGCACUCCCGUAAACAAGACUUCACAAUAUUUAUUGGCAAAUGAUAACCCCUACGAUUCUUCAAUGAAUUUGAAUACGAGCGAUUCAAGAAGAGACUUGAAAUCCUCGAAAAGAAACCCUCUGAGUUCUUCAAACCUGGCUCAGAUAAAUCUUGCACCUGAACUUCCUGAUAGGAAUGAUAAGAAAAUGAGCAUGGAAGAUGUGUUAAGCUAUAUAUCAUAUAUAUACUAGAAAGAGCUAGGCAUGAUUAUAAAAUAAUUAAUUGCAAAUAAUAAUUAAAUAAAUAUAUAGACGUCUUAGUCAUAAAAUAUUGAUGACAGCUUGAACAGCAUAAAUAAAAAGCAUUUUAGAUAA